CUCCCUCUUGUCUACCCAUCUAUUGAUGUUUGCCGCUUUGGUCCUCAACCCCCUCUAUCAUUUCUGUUGCCCAUCGUUCCUGGUCUCCUCACCCUCAUCCUGCCGACGCAGCAUUUACUCUACACCGCGCAGCACACACCCCCAAUAGCCCCCGACCCAGACACAGCUAUACAUAUACCGGGCGGACAGAGCACUACAGGAUACAGCCAUUGGAACACUCGUUUCUACCUACCUUCGUACUUCUCAGCUUGACCGCACACAAACACACAUAUACAUCCGUGACCCGCCUCGAGACGGGUAAACAGACAGGACGGCAGACACGAUGGCACUCCAGCAGCAGCCGCCGCCGAAGAAGCCGCCGCGCGGCCCCAUCGUCACGCCGCUGACGACCCUGCUCGGGAUCGAGCACCCGAUCGUGCUGGCGGGGAUGGCCGGGGUGUCGGGCGGGGCGCUGGCGGCGGCGGUGUCGAACGCGGGCGGGCUGGGCGUGAUCGGGGGGUUCCAGUACACGCCGGCGCAGCUGCGGGCGAUCGUCGGCGAGCUGAAGGCGGCGCUGCGCGACCCGGCGCUGCCGUUCGGCGUGGACCUGGCGCUGCCGCAGGUGGGCGGGGGCGCGCGCAAGACGAACCACGACUACACGGGCGGCAAGCUCGACGAGCUGAUCGACAUCACCAUCGAGAGCGGCGCGCGGCUCUUCGUCAGCGCCGUCGGCGUGCCGCCGAAGCGCGUCGUCGACCGCCUCCACGCCGCCGGCGUUCUCGUCAUGAACAUGGUCGGCCACCCGCGUCACGCCGCCAAGGCGCUCGACCUCGGCGUCGACAUGGUCUGCGCGCAGGGCGGCGAGGGCGGCGGCCACACCGGCGCCAUCGCCACGUCGAUCCUGGUGCCGGCGGUCGCCGACGUCGCGGCGCGGUACCGGCCGGCGCUGCUGGGGGGCGAGGCGCCGGCGCUGGUGCUGGCGGCGGGCGGGAUCGGCGACGGGCGGGGGCUGGCGGCGGGGCUGAUGCUGGGGGCGGCGGGGGCGUGGGUGGGGACGCGGUUCGUGGCGAGCGCGGAGGGGGCGGGCAGCGACGCGCACAAGGCGAGCGUGGUCGGGUGCGGGUUCGAGGAGACGGAGCGGACGCUGGUGGUGAGCGGGCGGCCGCUGCGGGUGCGGACGAACGCGUACAUCACGGCGUGGCACGCGCGGCCGGCGCGCAUCCGCGAGCUGUGCGCGGCCGGCGUCGUGCCGCUCGACCACGACCUCGACGCCGGCGAGGACGUCGACUUCCCCCACAUCAUGGGCCAGGUCGCCGGCGCCAUUACCGACGUCAAGCCCGCCGCCGACAUCGUCCGCGAGAUGGUCGACGGCGCCGUCGCCAUGCUGCGCCGCGGCCACGGCUACCUGUCCCCCGCCGCCGCCGGGGACGUCGCCGCCCCCCCGAGCAGCAAGCUGUGACGCGCCGACGUCGGCCAGAGGGGUCGCGGGUAGAAGCUGCGGAAAUUGACAACCACCUGAGAGCUAGGCAUUACUGCUGUGUCGAGGAAGGAGAGUAGCAUAGUAAUAUAGCGCGACAUUACGCCGCGUACACGAUUACACGUCUAGUACCGUAUACAGGGAGAUAUUCAGUAGAUUGGUCACUUCCCUCUCCUUCU